AAAAAAAAAAAAAGGCUGGAAAAAAUGAAAGUUUGGUCUUCAUUUUAACUGAAACAAAAGGCACAAUUACAUUCUUAUGAGAAACAUGAAGCGGACAAGCAGAAGUACAAAAGCUCUAUCCAUGUAGUGCCAACAAUAUAGGAGAUUCGAAUGACGAUAACUCUCGAUGUGAACUAAGUAAAUAAAAUCAAAUCCUAGCACAUCUAAGUAAUCUUUUAUGCAUUUUUGAAACUGCUCACAAAUGGCUGUAACAUCUCUGAAAUCUCCGCACAAUUGUGGAAAGACAUAGAAGAGGCAAAAUAAAAAUGUAGGACUAAUUCAAAAAAUGCAUUUGGGACAACCAAGCAUCUAUCCAUCCAAAUUAAUGGAGGGACCAAAUUCAAACCUAGAGUAAAAGCAAUGGGCAUGGGACCAAGGAUUGGAAUAAAAAAGCCAGCUAGAGAUGACUGGAGAUCAAGGCAGGCAGAGUUAAGUAGUUAACCAAGGGUUUUAAUAUGUGGGAUCCACCCCCACACUAAUUAAGCAGCCGGUGCUGAAGAAGAUUGGGUCUUGGGAGUUUUGCCGUGAUCAGUUGUUGCGAGGUUGUGGUGUAUAUAUAUGUAUUAGUAUUGAGUUUUAUUCUUGCUCAUCUCCCACAUCUUCUUGUUAAAAAAAUUAUAUCUGCCAGAGAAACCAUUGGUUGGGAGAGAGGGUGACGGUCUUGUGAGUGUAUACACACACACACACACACUAGAGAUCGGAAAUCGGAUCAUCAAAUUCAAAAUCAAUGGGGGAAGAAUUGUGUGGUAAUAUAGACCCUUCAUUGGUCACUUUUCCCAUUCCAAUGAGUAGGUUGGGUGCUCCAACAUCUGUGGAUGCUUACAGUUGCCCAAGAAACAUGGCCAACCAUAAAGAAGAUGAUGAUGACGAGGAGAAGGAGGAGGUGUGCGCUGUUUGCUUAGAUAAGUUGUACGACAACACCUUAUCAAACUCGUCGGAGGAGAUGAAUGAGGUCAGACAGCUGCUUCACAGUUGCCGCCAUUCCUUCCACAAAGUCUGCCUCCUUGCUUUGGUUGCCCAAGGUCACCACUCCUGUCCCCUCUGCAGGGCUAACUUCUCGGCUGUUAAUCAGACCGCGGCCCAUCAUAAAUUUGGGCCAAAUGAGCCACGCCCCGCUAAUUGGGAUCCAUGGAGGUUGGAGAGGAUGAUUUACUUAUUUGGAGAGGACGUUCUGUUUUGAUCUCCCUCGCCCCGCUAAGAACGUUCUAUGUUUUUUCCCCCUCUUUUUGCGUGUUUUUUUUUUUGGGUAUUAUUUUCUUUCAUGUGGGAUGUGGAGCAAUCCAGGAAAAAAAGUUACAAAAAAAAGGUAUAAGGUAGUAUUAUGUAAUUUUAAUCUAAAUUAUUUGCCUAACUUUUAAUAUAUAUUAGUGUUUACCCCGCACGUUGUGCGGGUUGUUCAAAAAUAAUGUUAAUGAUAUAAAUUAUAAUUGUAUAAUUUUGAAUAUCAAUAUGUUUUGUUAUUUUAAAUAUAUUUGGAAUAAUUUUC